GAAAAUGUGGAGAGCUGCCUAAGGCCCCUUCAAGUCGCGAUAUCACAUUUGAUCGACAUCUCACAAUCCCGAAACAUCCCUCCUCUGCCAAAUCUACACUCAAUUAUUUCUUGCAUAACCUUAACAACAGCCACACCCGCUCUCUCUAUUUUCAAGUUCCUCCCAGGUGUUCCGCAACACCACCGACAAUGUUCAACCCCAGCCCAUGGCGCUACAAUCAACCGCCGCCGCAGGGGCAACCGCAAAACACGAUCGUGAUCGACUCCGAAUCAGACGAGAAUGACGACGAGGAUGUCCAGCAGAUGCUGAUUGAGUUUACCGCUGGUGGGAAUGGACAACAACCGUCAAAUAUUGGGUUAACCGGCUUUGCCAGAAGACCACCCCUCCAUCCACACGCUCCCAGCCAGAAUCAUAGCCGCAGUCAUAGCCACCUCUCCCACGUCCCCGGCCCCUCAUCGCUAACAUACCCGCCCCCGCUCUCCCACGAACAAGAGAUGAAACUCCGCAGCCGUCUCCGAGAGGAGCGACAUGCCGCGCUCUGUGUACUUAUGGAUCGCGAGCUGCUUACGAUUCAGGCGCUUGCUGCGCAGGAGACCCUCCCACAAACCCGCCGCCGCUUCCUCACGAAACUCCUCUCCCCCGACGACCCAGAUACCGCUGCGGCGUUGCGCGCGGACCAAGUUUUGAUACCGAUGAGCAGUACGCUGUUUGCGCGAGCGUCGUCAUCUUCGGCACAGCAAACUACGUCUAGUUCAAGUAUCGAUAGCGUAGUGGCUGUCUCGAGGGGGAUAGUGGAUGUUUGCGAGACGGAUGAUUCGGGGUGGUAUCGCGAAAAUGAUGGCGGCGGUGGUGGCUCAGGGCCAGCGGUUUCGUCUCCGGGGGCGUUGGGGAAGGUUAGAGGGAAAGGGGCGGGCACGCCGGAGAGAACGAGGGGGAAGGGGAGGGUCUCGUCUGGGAGGCAUUCGGGGCAUCAGGGCCAGACGAGGGAAAGGCGGAGGAGGUGGAGUGGGGCAGAGAGGCAGGAUUAUGGGGUUACCAUGAUGCCCCCUUGAUAGCUUGGUUGACUUUGGUAAACUGGUUGAGUUGGUCAUUGAUGAGUUAUGAUUAUGCGCGGGUAACGACUUUACGAUCUGUUUUGGAGUCUACGCGGAACUGCGCAUUUAUGGAGCAAGGUGAAUUCGAACUCAAAUUGCCAAUCAUAUCCCGUUUUAGGUCUUGUACAUCUUCGGCCGUUUCAGAGCAAGAGCAAAAAAAAGCCAAACACGUGAAGCUAUGGUACACAAAGUAUAAAGAAUAAAGGAGUUUGAGGAUAUCAAGGAAGAAAAGGCGGGAGGUAGAGAUGAGGCUCUACUAGGUAUACAAUGCGAUCCCUACAUCACGGACUCCAACCUGUGAUGGCUUCCCUAGGGUUUCCAAAGUACAACGUGUGGUUUGCACAAACAGACUCGUUUUAUCGUCUAGUCCCAGAUUGGCCGGCCAUCUGUCGGCGAGUGGCCCGGUCAUGGCUGAAUGGUGCGAUGCUGCGAUGCUGCGACGCGGAAUGCAAAUAUUAAGCACUUUCAUGUCCUUUUCUUGCAUCACGACUUGAAUGGUUUAAUUUCAUGUAAUGUUGUGAGAGUGGACAGUGUCGAAGGUGCGAGAGGCUGUUUCAGCCUGUAUGAAAGCGUGGACAAUGUCUAUUUCUGGGCGUUAAGCAGGCUCUCUGCAUCUCCGACCUGCUUACGCUCAGAGACUUCUCUGGUGCGCAUCCGUGCGCGUAUGGCUUGUAUGUUCAUCGGCGUCAAUCCUUGGGUUGGCGCGGGAUCGGGUUCUGAAUAAAAGGGGUGAAGUCUAUGGGAAGUAGAAAACCGAACGCGACCAUCCCUCAUGACUGGUAAUUGUCAUUGGAGGGGCUCUGAACUCGACGAUAAGCGGUUCAGAUGGAGGUAGACGUCCGUUCCGUAUC